CGCUCCCGGGCAUCCACAAGGGAGCUCAGCCGCCUCGCCUGCCCUCCCCGCCGCCUCCACCUCCUCCUCUUCCACCUCCUCCGGCUGAGGCGGGCGAAGGCUCGUCCGGGGACAUAAAUAAAUAAAUAAUUCCAUUCACCCGGUGACAGCGAGGCGAACCGGCGGCGGCCGGCGGGGGACGGAUCGCUGCAGCGCCCACCCUGUGCCGGAGACCAGUUGACCCUUGAACAACAGGGAUUUGAACUGCGCUGGUCCACUUCUACAGGGAUUUUUUUCAAUAAAUACAUACUAGAGCACUACACAAUCUGUGGUUGGUUGAAUCUGUGGAUACGGAACCUCAGAUACAGAGGAACUGCGGGUACGGAGGGCCGACUAUAAGCCUUGGAACUUCCACAGUAAGCAGAUUGACUGCCAGUCUGAAAUUCCUUCCGUUUUAUACUACAAUGACAAAGUUCUCCAGUCAAACCAGGAGUCACUCUUAAGAUGUGAUGCUUUCCUGUGAAACCUUAGACACAGGAAUCUUGGAAACCAAAGGACUCUAGGACUCUGUGCCAAUAGAGCUGCUUUAUAAUCCAGAGUCUGCUCUACCUCUCUUCGUUUGUAUUGCCUUCAAAUAUCACACUUCAAGCAAUAGUGACAAGGUUUAACAAUAUCACACAUAAUCCAAAGAAAUCUGUUCAAGAGAGCAUCUGUCAACAGGUUACUUGAAUUCCAAAUAGAGGAGUGGAAAUGCCACCCCCAGCAGGCUCCCCACCGCCGCAUCCACCUCCUGAUGGAGGAUGGGGCUGGGUAGUGGUUGGAGCAGCUUUUAUCUCCAUUGGAUUUUCAUAUGCAUUUCCCAAAGCUGUCACAGUUUUCUUCAAAGAAAUUCAGCUAAUAUUCAACACUACCUACAGUGAAAUAGCAUGGAUAUCAUCCACUAUGCUAGCUGUUAUGUACGCAGGAGGUCCCAUAAGUAGUGUUUUGGUGAAUAAAUACGGUAGCCGGCCAGUGGUGAUGGUAGGAGGUUUGUUAUGCUGUUUGGGAAUGGUCACAGCCUCUUUUAGUACCAGCGUAAUAGAGCUUUACAUCACCAUGGGAUUCAUUUGUGGUUUAGGUCUAGCCUUCAACCUGCAACCCGCCUUAACAAUCCUUGGCAAGUACUUCUAUAAGAAACGGCCUAUGGCGAGUGGCCUCGCAAUGGCAGGAAGUCCUGUUUUCCUAAGUACACUGGCUCCUUUCAAUCAGUACCUCUUUAAUACUUAUGGCUGGAAAGGAAGCUUCUUGAUUUUGGGAGGUUUACUGUUGAACUCCUGUGUGGCUGGGUCCCUUAUGAGACCUGUUGGACCCAAACUAACUACUAAGAAGUCUAAACAAAAGGCUGGUGAAAAAGUGACUGAUCCAGGCAUGAAGAAAAGACAUAGGAAGAAAUCAAUAUGCGCAAAAAUUGAUAAGUAUUUAGAUUUCUCUCUUUUUAAGCACAGGGGAUUUCUGAUAUACUUAUCUGGAAAUGUCAUUAUGUUUCUGGGGUUCUUUGCCCCCAUUAUAUUCUUGGCUCCAUAUGCUAAAGACAAAGGAAUUGAUGAAUAUUCUGCAGCUUUCUUGCUGUCUGUUAUGGCUUUUGUUGAUAUGUUUGCCAGACCUACUGUAGGAUUCAUUGCAAACUCCAAAUUAAUCCGACCCCGAAUCCAGUACUUCUUCAGUUUUGCGAUUUUGUUCAAUGGAGUGUGUCAUCUCCUGUGCCCGUUGGCUGAGGACUACACAAGCCUGGUGGUGUAUGCUGUAUUUUUUGGCCUUGGAUUUGGGAGCGUUAGCAGUAUCCUCUUUGAAAGUCUCAUGGACCUUGUUGGCGCUCAAAGAUUUUCCAGUGCUGUGGGUCUCGUCACAGUUGUGGAGUGUUGCCCCGUCCUUCUUGGUCCUCCUCUUGCUGGUAAACUGGUGGAUGAAACUGGACAAUAUAAAUACAUGUAUGUGGCCUGUGGAGCUAUUGUAGUCCUAGCCAGCGUGUGGCUGCUCAUUGGCAAUGCUAUCAACUACAGACUGCUCGCAAAGGAAAAGCUGAAAGAGACAACGAAGACAACACAUACACCUGAGUCCCAAGAAUCUGAAUCCUUGAAGCCAUCUAAAAGUCCUGAUGUUAGUGUCAAAAGUCAAACGGCAAAAGGAUCAGGGGUUAAUCCCUCAGAAAGAGAAACUAAUAUCUAACAAGAAUCACAUCUCUCAUUUCAGUGUUUAUGACUUUCUUACGAGUAUUUUUUUUCCAACAUAUUAGAAGGUUUUUAGUUGAAAUGAGGAGUCAUAAGUAAGUAUGGAAAAGAGAUUUUCCUUAAUGGCAAAAUUUAAAAAAGUUUGUUUUGUAAAAUUUAUUUGGGCAGUUAAAAUUUGAGAUUAUGCAUAUAAAGAAUUCAUGCAAUGGGCUUAUGUCCAUACAUGACUCUGGCUGCGGUGGUUAAAAUGAUUUUAAAGUCUUCCAGUGACUUCCAUCUUGGUUAUAGAGAUCUGAAUCCCAAACCACUGGAUUAAGUAGUUAGAAGGAGUAUGUUUAAUCCUGUUAAGACUAUCCUCUCCACAUUUCAUUUUUUAUUUGAUAUUAAAGGGUGAAAUGGAAUUGAAGGAAAUGAAUUUUACCCGAACAUACACACACUGACACUCACACACUACUUUACAGUGUGGAUUUUAAAGAUAAGAACAUGGGUGAAAAUGAGGGUGGCCUUAAUUUGAAAAUACAACUAACUGCUGCAAAAAAAAAGCAUAUGCAUAUAUGAAAUAAAUUUGAAAAAACUCCAUUUUAAACUAUUAUUUCUGAGCAUUGUCUGAUUUGAUUCAUGCAUGCACGUGAUUUCUUUGAGGAGGACCACAAGUACCUGGUGCUAGUGAAUAGAACCCUCAAAUAAUUUUCAGAAUUUACUAAUAUGUAAAUCAAAUUAAAAGCCUAAAUGACUCCUAGCAAUGAGCUGUCUAUUGAUUUUAAAAGGAUUUUAGUUAGUAAUCCAGAAAGUAAUCAGGGACUUCUUUUAACCAAACUCAAUUCAGACUCACUGUUAUACUGAGACAUCGAAGUGGAAUCAACCGGAAUCCUGGUUGACAGGCUUACACAUAGGCAAAAUUUUAAUUUUUCCCAACAUACAGUGGUGAUCAGAGAGUUACUGUUAUCAGUAAUCCAUCUGAGUAAAGCUAAGAGUGGGAGGUGCUUAUAGUGAGCCCUCCAAGCUCUCUCAUUUCCCUCUCCUCCAUGACAAGCAAAAGCAAAAAACAGAAAUCCAAACAGGCUUUUUACUCAGCCACUGAAAAUAUCUCAUAUUAUAGGAAAGGUAGCACUUGAAAAUUCCGCCCUCUACCGAUAAGCUUUCCUGCUGCCUGCGAGCAUAACUAAACCAGGAGACUUAAAAACGGCUUCUAGAACUGGAGGUUGUGUAUGAUUUGAUAUAUACUUGGAAAGUGUAGAUUUAGUUUAUAACUUGAGAGAAAGAAGCCUGCAACAUGCCAACCCAGGUUAAUUUAGCAGUUUCUCAUUUUCAUAACUAUAUGAAAACAUUUGGGACUGAAUCACUCUUGAAUACAGAGGCAUAUGAUAGAUCUGUGCAUUCAGAACUAUAAAUACCAUUUUGAGUAAGUACUUUUAAACAAGAAAGAAUUUAUACGUUAGAUAUAAAGUUAUAAAUAUUCACCUUUAUAAAUCUGAAGUUUAAAUUAAGGUCAUGAUUAAUAAAAAGAAUUUAGUUCUUGA